CAGAGUAAUACUUUAUUGAUUUCCUUUUCUAUCGAAACGUAAACAAACAAUUUUAUUUUGUUUUAUUCAAUGAAUUAAACAAUAUAAUAUCUUAUUCUUUUCACUAGUUUGUUUGUAAUUUAGAGUUUUUCCAAACUAAAACCUAUUUUAAUUUAAAGAAACUAUAAUUGUAGCUCGGCAGCGUAAAAAAUCGUAUCAAAUAAGAUGAUAGCAUGCUUCUUUAUAAGAAGUAGACUAACUUUUUAUGUAGGAAGUUUGACAUGCCUGUAAGAAAACAACAAAAACAGUUGAGGAAUUAAGUCCAUGGUGAAAUAAAUUCUUUUGAGCGCCAACUUAAAAAUCUAAUUGAAAAUCUUUGAAGAAAUGCUGCGUAAUAGUCAAAUAUCCAUGAAAACAUGCAGUUUAUGCAGAAAAUCUUCUGAAGCUGAAGGUAUAGCACUGGUUUAUUUUGGGGAUUGGAUGCAAAAGAAAGAAGUUCUUGUACACUAUUACUGCUUGUUACUAUCCACCCAUUUACCGCAACGAGGAGAAGAUCACAGUGGUAUUUUGGGUUUCCUACUGCGUGAUGUACGUCAAGAAAUUGCCCUAGCUAAGAAACGUAAAUGCAAAUAUUGCUUUGAGUUUAGUGCAACUAUACAAUGUUGUAAGUGUAAGGAAUAUUUUCAUAUAACUUGUGGUCAUACCAGUAAAUGCCUUUCGGAAUUUGUGGGUGAAUUUAAAUCCUACUGUCAUACUUGUCUGCCAAAUGAUAAAUUUCAAAUGGAACUAUUUGCCCGCCAACCGCCCAAACCUACCGAAAUGUGCCUUAUUUGUGCUCAGGCAAUGGGUGCAAAUCUCAGAGGUUGCAUUUAUGCCAAAUGCUGUGGCAAUGGUUAUGCCCAUUCGAAAUGUAUGAAAAUAUAUGCCCUAUCUGCUGGUUAUUAUCUAACUUGUAUUUGGUGUAAAGAUAAACGUUUUCGUGAAGACGUUAAGUAUCAGGGUGUGUUUGUGCCGGAUCGUGAGGCAAAUUGGGAAAAGGAAAAGGGAGCUUAUGUUGAAUUGUAUAGAAGUCAUAAACGUUGUGAUAUGGAAGUGUGUAAUUGCCCUAAAGGAAGAGAUUAUAUAAAUGCAAAAAAAUGGCAACUUAUAAUUUGUAAAUUUUGUGGUGCCUUCGGUGCCCAUAAUCCCGCUUGUAUACCCGGCUUUGAGGACUGUAAAGAAAAGGUACAGGAAUUUAAAUGUGAUGUUUGUUCUCUAACAGAACAAACUGUUCAUCAUAAAACGAUGAGUGGCUUAGCUGCACAUGAUUUAUUAGACACCUCGCUGUAUGUUAAUAAAGAGAGCACGACUGCUGAAGCGGGAUCAGCAAUAACUACAAUAGCACUAAGUCAAUCUUUUAGCACAAAUAAUAACUAUAAUGACAGCACUGCGUCACAGGACACGAUUAUUGAUGUUAAUUUACUAAAGCGCAAUAACUUUGUAAUAAACAAUAGUAAAUGUGCUAAUGAUGGGGCAAAUAUACAAAUUGCUGCUGGUAUUUAUACCCUAACACAAAGUCCACAAGUUAGCCAACAUCUGGGAGAGUCGGAGAAGGCUGCUGUAGAGAUGUUACAAGAAGAAACAACAGUAGCAGAUAGUGAUGAUAGUGCUAUAGCUGAUUUGUUAGUAGAACAGUUUUUAGAUAUGUUUGAAGCAAAGGAUUAAAUUUUUUUUUAAUUAAAAUUUCUUUUUGUAAGUACAUAAUAUAUUGUUUAAUUUUCUAAUAAUAUGGUAUGAACCAUACGCAAUAUUACGGUGCCCAAAUUAGACUCCAAUGAUACUGUAAUUCAGUCUAUAG